GCAGGGAGGACAGCGAUGGGACGCAGACGAUAUUUACUCCCAAUAAAUGACACUGGAGCCCGGACCCAGGCGUCAGUAAUGGCCGGGCGGUAACGGGAGAGUAUAGUGGUUCUUCACGGUGUGUUGGUUCUGAAAGCACAGGGACCCAGAGGAACUUAGCGGUACUUGUUCUUCCAGAGGGAGGAAGUUUGCCGCGGCGGGGGGAACCACGAGAGGAAGCCGGGGAGGGCCGAAGUGUCCCGUCAUGGAGGAGUCCGGCUCGGCCCUGGAGAAGAAUGUGGCUGACCUCACGGUGAUGGACGUGUACGACAUCGCCGCCGUGGUGGGCCAGGAGUUCGAGCGCAUCAUCGACCAGCACGGCUGCGAGGCUCUGUCCAGGCUCAUGCCCAAAGUGGUGCGGGUGCUGGAGAUCCUGGAGGUGAUGGUGAGCCGGAGCAGCAUCAGCCCGGAGACCGAGGAGCUGCGGCUGGAGCUGGACCGGCUGCGGCUGGAGAGGCUGGAGCGGCAGGAGAAGGAGCGGAGGCACAAGAAGGAGCUGGAGCUGGUGGAGGAUGUGUGGAGAGGAGAAGCUCAGGAUCUGCUCACCCAGAUCGCUCAGCUGCAGGAGGAGAACAAAUCCCUGCUCACCAACAUGUCCAUCAAAGACCCCAUGAGUGAGGAGGACCUGCAGAGGCAUGAGGGUAUGACGGAGAGAGAGAGGCAGGUGAUGAAGAAGCUUAAAGAAGUGGUGGACAAGCAGAGGGACGAGAUUCGAGCCAAGGACCGGGAGCUCACGCUGAAAAACGAGGACAUUGAAGCACUCCAGCAGCAGCAGUCUCGCCUCAUGAAGAUCAACCACGACCUGCGCCAUAAAAUGUCUGUGGUGGAAGCUCAGGGGAAAGCGCUCAUCGAACAGAAGGUGGAGCUGGAGGCCGGCGCUCAGGCCCGGGGCCAGGAAGUCAGCGCCCUGCGGCAGGAAGUCUCGCGCUUAAGGGAGCGACUUCAAGGAGAGCUGCCUGACCAGAAUCCUGAGGAGUCCUCACCUCAGCCCCCUUCACCUGCAGAGGAGGCGCUGUGCGAGGAGGAGAUGGGCGGCCUGGACCCACAGGACCCCAACCGGCCCCGGUUCACGCUGCAGGAGCUGAGGGACGUCCUGCACGAGAGGAAUGAGCUCAAGGCCAAAGUUUUUAUGCUGCAGGAGGAGCUGGCUUAUUACAGAAGUGAUGAGACGGUUGACGAGACUGCAACUCCUUCUCCGUCUCCCUCGCCUGAACUGAGGACUCGCUCCAGAUCUUCUCCCCAGCCAGAGUCCGGAAUCAAACGCUUGUUUAGCUUCUUCUCGCGUGACAAACUGCGGAAUUCGCAGCGCAAUGCGCAGUUUGACGGCAGCUUUGGCUCGUGGGCGGGGAAGGACGAGGUGUACACAGAAGAAGCCCAGGAGGCGCUGCAGAACAUGUAGUCACCGGACACAGAACUCGCUGAGGUCACUCAAACUCCGAAAAACUCUUAACACUCCAUGUUCGUCACUCAGUGCCAGCUCGUGAACCACCGAUCGCACAACAAACCGCCACCAGGGACUCACACUGCAGCUGAAAUCUGGUGUGCAAGAGGUGAGAGGAACGACAGAAGAGUGAAACAGAAAUUCCUCUAAGAAAAGUUUAUUUAAAUACAUGAGAAUUAUAUAUUUAAAUGAUGGAAAAUACAGAACGCCAGGGAGUAUUUUGUUUUUUUACAGAAUGAGAUGAUUUAUGUGAUGGACGGAAGAGAAGGCAAACUCAAGUUGUGGGAAGGAAAGUGGAAAGUUGUUUUAAUUCAAGUGGUUAAUGUUGUGUUGCUUCAAGUCCAGAGUAAACAAUGGGUGCAUAUUUCUCCACAGAUGAAGGUUUGGGACUCAAAAGUGUGCAAUAAAUGUUCUGUCUAAAACUACACAACUCCAGAUGUCGACUCACAGAAAAUGGAGGCGAAUUUCCAAGGUUUUUUUUAUUCAAUGAAGGAAACAAUACCCACCAAAAUAAAACAUAAACCUGCUAAGAAAACACACAAUCAAUGUGGUUUUUAACUUUUGAAUCUACUCUCGAGAAAAUGAGAGCAACACUUUUGUGUCCCAGUAAUUUAUUUGAAAUUCCUGUCCUUGUUCGUGCAGCUCUUAUCACCAGCGUUCUGUCAGUUCAAACUAUGCAGCUCCGCUAAUUUAAAACAUACAGGGCCUGGUUUAAACAUGUUGCAGAGAAAUGUCAAAGCUGUCUUCAGAAAACAAAAAACAACAACAAAAAAACACAAUAAUUGUAUUUAUAAUGUACUGCUCUACAUGCAGCAUAUAGUAAUAAUGGAAGCCCAUUCUGCCAAGAAAAAAAGUUUCAAAACUUGAAUCAGACUUUCUAGGUCAUUAUAAUUUAGACUUUUGAAUAACAGCACUUAUUAUGCCAUCAUUUUUACUUAAAAGGUGAACUUAACUUUCAUAGUUUUGCCAUAAUAUCUCAUAAUUUACCAAUACAAAGUACAAGCCUUUUAACUUUUGAGCAUCUCAAUAAUAAUUUUCAUUUAGUGAGUUGUUACAGUUUGGACUCAUUAUAUAUAUAUUAAACAUAUAAUAUCACGAUGACAGGGGAGGUGAUAAUAAUUCUGAACAACCUAGUUCUGGAUGAAAAAGUGAAAAUUGUGAACAAAUGUGUCAUCUUCAUGUUUGUUCCAUCAGCCGUGUUUCAAUAACUGAAUGAACCGUUUUUAUUUUAAAAAUGUUCCACAUUUAAAACAAAUCAAAACAUUGAAAACAGAGGAAAGGUCUGUUGUAUUUCACUCUUAUCCAACCAAUGUAGUGCAUUAUUAUAUGUUUUCAUUAAGCUUUUAAAAAAAUGUUUUUGAUAUGAAUGAAAUGAGAAUAUAUAUAUAUAACUUUACUUCUUAGGUGUUUUUCAUUGAAUUAUGAUACAGACACAUUCAAUUAAAUUAAAUUUGAUUUGUAUAGAGCCAACUCAUGAUAAACAUUAUCUCAAGGCACUUGUGUAUUAUUUUGACCAAUAUUUAUUCUUUUUGUUUCUUGCACAAUAUUUUGUAAUUAGUUUUCCUAUUUCUUGCAUUAAUGGGCUUCCAUAAACGUAAAGUCUAACUCACAACUAUUACGACAUGAACUCAAAUGUCCACCCGGUGAGAGCAAUAGAUGUAACGUGUGAAUUCUAAUAAUGACCCACGACUCAUGGUGCCAAAAAUGUCACUGCUCAUCGUGCACAUACACAAACCCACUCUAUCCCAGUGAGUUUCAGUGUCACCAGCUGAACCAGAGCAGGUUACCUUCCUCUUUGGUGAUAAAACCAACAGAGGCAGUAUAUUUACAAGAAGAUGAUAUUCAGCAGCUUACUGACAUUUGACAUAAGACCGAUCUGUGCAGAUUCCACAUAGUGCUCCAUCACUCCAGGACACAGUAUAACUACAUUUUUACAUAAGCAGAAUUGUCAGUAUGAGAACUUAACCUCUUUACCUCUUAAUUUAUUUAUUUGAAGGAGAUUGCUGAGAAGUAAAGAGCAUCAGAAAAACUCAAAAGCAAAGAUAAUAAAGCUGGAGUGCAAAGUCACAUUUACAAUAUUUUCUAAAUGGUAAUCGAGGUUUGAUGCUUCUGUGAAUAACUGUGGUGUGACCGGCUGUGUUUUAAUACAAGUGGCACUUCAUCUUCAUUUAUAUUCACCCAGCGAGGGGGAAUAAAUGAAUGUACAACAACGAGACUACAAAAUGAGAGUGUCAAUGAGUGUUAACUUAUUUUACAUUUUCACGAAUGCAGUGAAUUAAUGAUACUUGAUGCAGGAGUAUUAUGUUUAGACAAUAUCUGGAAGUCAAAGGGAUCGGAAGAAUUUAAUUAGUGAGACAUUUAAAGGGAAAUACGGUCAAAAACCAUCAAAAAGUCAAAGUUUUCUGAACAGCUGACCCUGGUUUUUCAGCUGCAGGUUCCACUAUGAACCCAAUUAAAAUGAAUAUUUAAAUAUAUGAAGAUAUGAUUAAUGGAUGCGCUUUAUUAAAUAAACUUGCUUUUAUUCAAACAUG